AUGACUGCACAGCAGGUGGUCUUGCAAGUUACUGUGCAGCCAGUUUGCAGUCGAGAAGCCUAUAAGACUCCGAAUAUCGUUCAAACCUCAAAUGUAUCGGAGGCUCGAGGUCUGAUCGUCGAUAUGCUGGCCAACCGCGAUCUACCGCCCAACGUCUCCUCGUGUCUUCGUGCCGUCGCUUCGCUUUUGAAUCCACACACG